AUGAUCAAAAGAUUAUCAAAGCAGAUAUUGAAAAUGCCUUAAUUGUAUUUGACAACAAGAAUGAUUGCUCCAUUUUCUUAGCAUAAUCACAAUCAUUCUCACGAUCAUGAUCAUAAUCAUAAUCAUGAUCAUUCUCAUCCAGAUUUCUAACCAUAACAAAAGGCCUAACCAUAAUUCACACAAGAAUAGAUUCAAUAGAAACAUAAGGAAAUCGAUAAUAUCAUAAAGUCUAAUCAAGUGGUGUUAUUUAUGAAGGGAACACCUGCUCAACCAAUGUGUGGAUAUUCAAAUUAUGCUGUUUAGGUUCUGUAAUUUUACAAAGUCUAAAAUUAUCACUCCGUUGAUAUUCUUUCAGAUCCUUUGAUGAGAGAAGAAAUCAAGAAAUAUUCAAACUGGCCCACCUUCCCACAAUUAUAUGUCAAACAAGAGUUAAUUGGUGGAUGUGAUAUCAUGAUGGAAAUGCACAAGGAGGGUACAUUAAAAGAAUUAUUCAAUAAAAUAUGA